AUGUCUCGUUCACAAUUCCCGCCUACUCCAGCCAUGUCGGGCGAGCUUAUCAUCAAGGAUCAGCCCUAUGAUGGCACUGAUGUGUUUGCUCUACCUCCUGCUGCUUUGAGUCCGGCUCAGGUCGAGUCGGAAAGUCGGAGGUCGUCUCGAUCUGACCCAACUUAUAUCCCAGUAUCUCCUACUUCACCCAAGGCAGCCCCCAAAGGCCGGAAUACGCAUCAGUCCCGCUCGAGCACUGGAACGAAGCGUUCACUCGAGGGGUUUGAACUUCCACCUCCUCCUACUCGUGCUCGCAAGAUCAUUCAAAUGAAACCAAAGUCGCCUGCCACUUCUAAGGCCUUGACUAAGCCCAAGGAAAACGGAAAGACAUCCAGUCAAUCACCUGAUACCGCCACUACAUCGUCAAAGAAGAAGCAACCGAGUACGACGAGCGCUGCCGGACGUAAGAUUGCUCGCAAGACCGCUCACAGUCUCAUUGAACGACGUCGGCGAUCGAAGAUGAAUGAGGAAUUUGGAACGCUGAAAGAUAUGAUACCCGCCUGCCGAGGACAAGAAAUGCACAAAUUAGCCAUCCUCCAGGCCAGCAUUGAUUACGUCAAUUAUCUAGAACAAUGCAUCCAGGACCUCAAGUCUGCUGGAACCGACGAUUCAGUGGGACCUCCUUCCCCAACAUCCCCGGAAUUUAUCGCUCAAAGAGGCGUGGACUUUAACGUACCCCCGCACCAGCGUGAAUCUUCCUCGGAAUAUUCAUAUUCGGCUUCUGAAUCUCCCGAAGCCCUUAAACUGAGUGCUCAUACUUUUGACGCCUCGCCGUCCUUCUCCCCACGCACCCGCAUGCCCUCAGUGCCAAUCGUACCAGAUAUAUCAUCUGUGCUCCCUAGCCCAGCCCUAGGCCCGACACAUCCCAUGGGAAAUUUCAAAGAGCUCCAGGGCAUCGAUCACGAGGCUUCGGCUGCCUUGCUUAUGCUGACUCAAGACCGUCGAGGCACUGCCGAAUCGAUCAGCAAGCAUUUGGCUCAUAGCACAGUCAGAGACUCCCUUGAUGAGAAUAAGACGGCAUCGGAUCCGCGACCAAGGGGUAUGAGUGUGCGAGAUCUUCUAAUCUCAUGA